AUGACCUUGCAUCGAUUCGGACGGAUUGAUACACCUACUGCUACCGCUUCAACUGCUGAGGUUUCCUUGCCAAAAACACAUCCCAAGAAACCUGCAUCAGGUGUCAGACAGGAAAGACGAUCUCCCGUCAAGUCGACAUCAACUGUGACGUCAUUGACCCAUCAUCCUGGUAGUAUUGUAACGUCAUUGACGCAUCAUCCUACAUCCGUUGUGACGUCAUUAUCGCAUCAGCCUACAUCAGGUGUGACGUCAGUGGCUGAUGUCUGUAACGCGUCCAAGAAGAAGAUCGACUCACUGCUCAAAGAGUUGGUCACUUUGAAACAGGAGAAGCUCGGAUAUCUGGAGGAAAUCGCUGCUGUACAGAGUAGGGUGGCAGCCAGAAACCAAGAGAUCGAGCGUUUGCAACAUAUGUUAGAGUUGGCUCAUAACACAGCUGGGAAAUGUCUGCUCAAUUGCUGUAAGGAACGCUGCUGUUGUAAUGCCAAUGCUAAUUCAGCUGGAAAUAGGUCCUCGUAUUUGGAGGCACAGCUGAGAGAACAGUUAACAGAAUGCCAAGAACUGCAACAUGAGGCAAUGUGCAGAGCUGUGAAGCUUGCCGAGAGGAAUGCUCAGCUUGAAGAACAGCUGAUUAAUCGCAGAAGUGCAGGAGAAACAAAUUGCAAAUGUGCCACUGAUGACCAGAAUACAGUACGCAAGCUGCAGGAGAAGCUAGAUUGCAAAAUACUUGAAAUAGAGGAACUGGAAAGUAAGUUGAUAGAUUUGCAAAAGUCGAAUUAGGACUUGGAAACUGAGAAAGGAGCGAGGGAAUCAGCAAGUGAUGAGCAGAAGAAACUUCAGGAAAGAGUACACGAGUUGAAUAUUAUUGAACGAGACCUGAUGAGCGAGAUAGAACGCCUAACGGAGAUAAACAGACGUCAACACGAUCGCAUCCAACAUUUGGAAAAUCGACUCUCGGAAACUGAGAAAAAGUUGGCUGAAAACGAGGCAGAAAACAACGCUAGGAAAACAGCAGAGAGAGAUUCAGCAGUGGACACUCAGACAGUGAAAACUGCAGCAAAAUCAGUGCAGGCAAGAGCUAAGUCCAAAGAUGAAAAGGAUACUAAUAGCAGUAGUGACUCUAAUAAAAACAUCAGUG